AUGCCCAGUAAUGUUGAAGAGAAAACAUCACUAACUGUAAAAGACGAAGAGGAAUGCAAUAACCAUAGUGAUAAUAAUAUAGCUUUCGAGACUGACGGUAGUGAUGAUAGAACUAAAAACAUACUUAGUAUCAUCCCGAUUCAAAACACAUCUUUGACUAAUCCUAGAAGAAAGGGGAGGGGAAACAGUAAUAUGGCCGUAUCCAAACGUAAGCUAGAUUCCAUCUCAAAUUCAAGCUCAACUGAUACUAAGGAUGAUUCAGUUAGUAUUAGUAUUACUGAUAGUACUAGCGGUAAUUAUUCAAAAAGAAUUUCUCAAGCAUGUGAUAGAUGUAGAUCGAAAAAGACAAGGUGCGAUGGCAAAAGACCGCAAUGCUCUCAAUGUGCUAUUGUUGGUUUCGAAUGUAAAGUCAGUGAUAAAUUACAAAGGAAAUCAUACCCAAGAGGUUAUACUGAAACUUUAGAAGAAAAAAUUAGAGAAUUGCAAACUGAAAAUAAAAGAUUAUUAGCUAUUUAUAACUUAAAACAAAAUCAGUUAUCAGUUUCGUCAUCGUCAUCAUCAACGUCGCCGAAUAAAAAGGGAAAUGGUAAUGACUGUGCUGUACAAUCCAAUUCUACAUCAACCAGUGCUAUUAAUGAUACUAAUGAAAAUGGUAGUAACGAAACUGCUAUGAAGGAAAUUAUUCAAUCUCAACUUAUACCGUUAACAAAUAUUAAUAGUGUCCAUGACCCUAUCCAAAAUAAUGAUGAUAAUACUCAUACUGAUUGUUGCAAUCACACUAUAAAAACUAUCAAUCCCGAUAAUAAUAAUAAUUAUAGUACUCACACAACAAAUGGGAAACUGCAUAGGGAUACGAACGAUCAUCAUUUACAUCCAAAACCUGUAUCAACAAAUUCGAAUGGGCUUAAUUCAAUAUCAUUUGAACAAAACGAAGCACCUGGAUUAUCCACAGUGAAAGCAUUAAAAUCAAUGGUAAACGAUGAGAAAAAUACACAACUAGCAACUUUAGUGUCACUGGCAAUACCAAGAUCUACUGAAGAAAUAUUAUUUAUACCACAAAUUUUAGCCAAAGUUAGACAAAAUUUCGGUUUCACUUCAAAACAUUGUCUUUAUACUGUAUCAUUAUUAUCUUCAUUGAAAUCAUUUUUAUCAAAUUCUAAUAACUCUAUUUCUGCUGCUUCCGCAGAUAAUAAAAACUUAGAAACAUUGAAAAACACCAACUUAUGGAAAUUUAAUGCUUUAUUUCAAUUCUUCACAGCCUUUUUGAAAUUAGAUUUUUUAGAUUCUUCAUUGGAAAAACAAAACAAAGGCAAGAAGAAUGGCAAAGUUAAUAAUAAUAAUAAUAAUAGUGCAAACCAAGAUGGCAUUUCUCCAUUAUCAUCUUCUGAAAUUGAUGAAUUACUAAAAUUGUUUUUCCAAAAUUGGUCUGAUUUUGUAUUAAUGAUAAAUGAAAAAGAAUUCUACCAAUAUUACUCAGUAUUCAAAUCAGAUUUACAAAACAAUAACAUUUCGAAAAUGUCUUUAUCCACGUUAAUGAAUUAUAAAAUUUUUGGUUUAAUUAUACUUUUAUUUUGUCAAAUGGGUUUAUUAUCGAAAAUCAAACUAUCAAGUAAUAAUACAAAGAGUAAAAACUUUAAACAGCAAUAUCAUUUGAAAAAAGUGAUGAACUACUACCAUAAUUUAAUCAAUAAAUUAAUGUGGAACGAAUUUUUCAAAAUCUCAAACGUUACAUUACAAUCAUUGAAACUACUCUCGCUAAUACUUUUCUAUAAUUUACACAUGGGAAAUAUUUCCAACAUUUACGAAUUAAGGUCAAAAGUUAUCUCUAUGUCGCAACAGCUACGUUUACAUAGAUGUCCAAGUGCCGUUCUUUGUGGAUCUACUUUGAAAAUUCAUAAGUUAGAACAAAGUAAUAGAAGAUUACUAUUUUGGAAUAUUUACUAUCUAGACAUUUUUGCAUCAUUACAAUUAGGUGUACCAAGAUUACUAAAAGACCAUGAAAUCGAAUGUGCUUUACCAAUACCAAUGGAUACAGACUCAAAAAGUGACAAUCAAUCACAACGUUCCGCAGCAACAAAUGCAGAGAAUGAUGAUAAUAAAAUUAAACUGGAAGGUUGCGUCUCACAUUUGUCAUUAGUAAUAAUCAGGUAUUCACAAAUUGUAGGCAAUAUCUUAGAUAUGAUCUUUAAAAGAAAUAUGACCGAAUCUAUGACAAAAUCAAUUGCAUUGAUUCAUAUUCAUGCAUUAGAUGAUUGGAGAAAUACAUUACCCUCCAAUUUGAAAUUUGAUCUAAACGUGAAUGGUUCUAUCGAUCUAAGUUCAUUCAUUGAUCAACAAAAUUUGAAUGAGGAAGAACAACGAACUCAACAACAAAAAUUAUUAGUAAUAUUUUUAUAUUUUUUUGGCGUCAAUAUGAUUCAUAUGCCCGUUGUAGCAUCAAGACCAUUACCAUUAGUUGAAAAUGACUCGUUAAAUCAAAUACCUGAUAGAUCGUCCUCGUCAUACAUUGCGUUACAACAUGCAACGAAUACAAUGUUGAAUGUAUUGGAUCUAUUAAGCCCAACAUAUGUUCCGUUGCCGAUAAACAUGUCCAGAACAAUGGUAAGAUUUUCUAUGAUUAGUGCUUGUGGGAUGCUAGAUUUUAUUAAGGGAGGUUCCUUAUUCCUUGAAAAUAAGGCACUCUUAGCUCAAGUCGUGAAAAAUAUUGAAACUGAUAGAUUUUUGGAUUUACCUGGUGUAAUUUCAUGGCAUAGUUUGAAGUUGUUUGAUCUUACAUUAACAUUGUUUUUCCAAAAUACUAAUAUUAAGUUGGAAAAAUUAGAUAAGCUACUUGAAAAAAAAUCAAAUUAUUAUAAUAGAUUGAUGGGGAAACCAAUUGUUAGGAAUCCUGCUGAAAAGAAUUCAACUACGGUCCCAGCAAGUAUGUCUGCCGUUGAUGAAACUGAUUUACCUAGAGCUGAUAAGAAGAAAAAAGAUAUUGUUGAUACUGAGAAUGAAUAUGUUUCAAGUGUACCAGAUACGAAUAAUAUAGUAGUAAAGCAAACACCAGAGGAAUGGGAUACAAGUACAAAAACAAAUGUAAAGGACUCAACCCUUGCUCAUAAAUUAACUACGAUAGAACUUCCAAGUACUGACAAGAAAAAGAGGAAGCAAGAGCAGAUAAGUCCGGUUAACAAAAAAGCAAAAAAAGCGGAACAAGAAGUCUCGCAAACUCAAGUUGGAGUACCAAGAUCUUCAACGUCCUCAACCGCACAAAAUUCCAACUAUGCUAACAUUCAAAAUCAAUUUGCAGAUGCAUUACAAUUUGAUCCAAUUUUGAAUUCCAAUUCCUUUAAUUUCAGUAAUCUGGACCUCUCUAGUCUCUUCAAAACCGUAGACAAGGAUUCUCAAAAAACGAACAAUCUACAAGUACCGACACAAAAUUCAGAUCAACCUGUGGCUGCGAAUGGUAUUAGUACAACCGUUCCAACUACAAGCAUUCAAAGCUUUCCUACACCAAAAUCACUGAUUCAAAAUGAUCAAAUUUUACUUUCGAAAAUUCCAAGUUUUAAUGAUUUCUUUAAAGAUUAUUCCUAUGAUAGAACCUCUUCCUUAUUAGGCUUAUCAGGAUUGAAUAAUAACAAUAAUAAUAAUACUAAUAUUAAUAAUAUAAAUAAUAGUACGAGUAAUGAGAUUCAGAAACAAAAUUCAAGUGACACAGGAAAUCCAUCAAGGAAUACUCAGGCUCAGAUGAAUGAUUUCAAUGGGAAGUACCAACUUUUGAGUAGUCCUUCACAAUUACUGCCGAAGCAGGCUACAAACACUGUCUUCCUAAAUAAAGAUAAAGCAAACAAGAAUGAUAUUGGCAGUUUAUCCACAAUGAUGAUGUUAAUUAAUAAUGAAAUUCCAUUUUCGAGUGUAAAUUUAAGUGAGUUAUUGAAGCCUAGUGAAAGCAAGACUAGUAAUGAUAACGCCAGCAAUGGCAUAUCUGCCAACAGUCACAAUAGUUUAGAAUUCGGUAACACUUUGAAACUCAAUCAGAACGGUAAUAGCAACGUCACUACAAAUGGAACAAGUAUGAAUCAAGUAGAAAUUCCAUCAACUUUAAUUGCAGAUUCUCUUACCGACACACCAAUUCCUGAUUAUAAUUAUUUUGUUGAUGCUUCAUUAGGUUUGGCUCCAUUAUUGGAAACGCAGCGAAGACACAAUUCUUUCCCAGAGACAAGUCAACCGUUGGUGAAUACGUCUAAUGCUAUGAAUUUAGGGAAUGCUAGUUUGUCGUCGACUGCCAAUAAUAACAAUACUAUGCCAUCAAUUGCAAAUAAUGUUGGUUAUAAUAAUCCGCCAUUAUUAUCAUCGUCAAAACAAAAACCAAGGCAUCUACCAACUAAUGAUACAGGUGAUAUAUUAAAUUUUAACGGUGAUCUAUCAAAUCUGAAUUUUAGAAGAGAUGUUAGACGUAAGAGAGAAAACUUGGAAGAUUUAUUUAGCUGGCAAAAUUCCAGAUAG